ACGGAUAAAGCGAAGAAAGAAGGAUAAAACCCGCUGCUGCAACUCUCUCUCUCUAUCUGCGCGAAGAUGGCCACGCCCUCGACGCUCUCCAUCGGCCAUUGCCACCCUCACCCCUCUCCCUCUCUCCCCAGCAGGCUCUCUUCCUCCUUCCUCCCCCUCCAAACCGCCGCCGCCCCUCGCCUCUCCUUCCGGAUCCCCACCGCCCCCCGGCGCCGACCCGUCGUAGCCAUGAGCAUGGAGGCCGGGAUCGGCGUCAUGGGCACGAAGCUGGGCAUGAUGAGCUACUUCGAGCCCGACGGCACGGUGGUCCCGGUCACCGUGGUGGGCUUCCGGGAGGGGAACAUCGUGACCCAGGUGAAGACCCAGGCCACCGACGGGUACGACGCCGUCCAGGUCGGGUACCGGCGGGUCAGGGACCGGAAGCUCACCAAGCCCGAGAUGGGCCACCUCCAGAAGGCCGGGGCCAUCCCGAUGAGGCACCUGCAGGAGUUCCGGCUCCAGGCCGUGGACGGGUUCGAGCCCAACCAGCGGCUCGUGGUGGACGAGGUCUUCAAGGAGGGCGAGCUCGUGGACGUCUCUGGGACCACCAUUGGCAAGGGGUUUCAAGGUGGGAUCAAGCGGCAUCACUUCAAAAGAGGUCUAAUGACACACGGGUCCAAGAGCCACAGGCAGUUGGGUUCGAUUGGUGCAGGAACAACGCCAGGUCGUGUAUAUCCGGGGAAGAAGAUGCCUGGUAGGAUGGGAGGAACAAAGAGAAAAAUUAGGAAGCUUAAGAUUGUUAAAAUUGAUAAAGAUCUGAAUGUAGUCAUGAUCAAAGGCGCCGUUCCUGGAAAGCCAGGAAAUCUUUUGCGGAUAGCGCCUGCGAAGAUUGUGGGGAAGAACAUUCCUAAGAGUUAGGACUUGUUGUGCUACGUACUUUCUAUGUUGGUUUAAAUUUUUUCUGCAUCGGGUGGUAAACUAUCAAUUGCAAACCAAUUUUUUUGGUUGAUGGGGAUGCCCUUAGAUCCAUUUAGCAUUCAUACCCCCCAAUGAAAUGGGGUGGUGAGCGAGACCUACACAGUUUGCAUGAUAAUGGUGAAGAAAAGAAAGAUGAAAAUGUGAUUAAUAUGCACCUAGAGAAGUUGAUCUGUUCUAA